AUGUAUCGUCCAGGAACCUCGAUUUCAAAGGCCAAGGUGAAGAGCGCCAGCGCAUAGGAGGGACAAUAUAACAAGGUCCAACAAUAAAAAAUGCCCACCCUGCAGGACUACAUCAAGAAACGAGACUGGAUCGGAGCAGUUGCGCUUUUGGAGAGCGAACGUAAUGUCAACAUCCAAGUCGAAAAUAGCCUUUGGCUCGCCUACUGCUACUUCCAUAUGGGCUAGUACAGGUAUGCAUAACCCUAUCCAAGAAAAUCCAUCAAUAUCUAUGAUGAAUUACUCAGAAAGACCGACGAUAAGGAUUACCACAUCUACAAGGCCUGCUGCUAUUACGCACUCUGCCUAUACGACGAUGCCAGGAGAGAAGCCCUGAAGGGCGCUGAGACUCCCCUGCAGACCAGGUUGCUUUUCCAUCUUGCCCACAAGAAAAACGACGAAAAGAACCUGAUGCACUACCACCAGAAGCUAGAUGAAAGCGCAGAAGACCAGCUCACACUCGCAGCCAUUCACUACCUUAGAGGCCACUACGAGGAAGCCACUGAAAUCUACAAAAAAUUACUUUUGGAAAGCCGCAAAUACGAAGCCAUCAACGUAUACAUCGCUCUCUGCUACUACAAGAUGGAGUACUUUGAUGUAUCCCUCGAAAUCUUGUCGGGAUACGAAACCUUUGACCCCGAAAGCAUCUUCACCGCAAACCUGAAGGCUUGCAACAACUAUCAAGUCUAUUCUGGAAAACGCGAGGAAGCCUUGAGGCCAAUCCAGCAGAAGUUCAAAGGAGGAGACUUGUUCAAGGAGAACGACUUGCUAAGACACAACUUGGUGGUGUUCAGAAAUGGAGAAAAUGCCAUGCAGUACCUUCCUCCUCUUCUGGAAUUGUUCCCAGAAACAAGGCUGAACAUGGUCAUCUACAAUCUGAAGAACGACAGCGUUGAAGAGGCUUUCAAUUUGGUCAAGGAUUUAGAACCAACAAAUCCACGUGAGUACAUAAUCAAGGCCGUAUCUUACCUCAUGUAUGGGCAAAAGACCAACUCAAAGGAGCAUCUUAAGACUGCUCAGCAGCUCUUCCAGUUGGUGGGUGCUUCAGCUACUGAGUGCGAUACCAUUCCUGGAAGGCAAUGCAUGGCAAGUUGUUUCUUCCUGCUGAAGCAAUUCGACGAUGUGCUGGUCUAUCUGAACAGUAUCAAGAGUUACUUCCAAACAGACGACGACUUCCACUGGAACAACGCUCUUGCUUGCGCUUCAACUGGCGACUACAAGGAGGCAGAGAACAGCUUUCUCGCCAUCAGAAACGAGAAGUACAAAAGCGAGGAAACCUACAUCAAGUGGCUCAUCCGCACCUACAUCAUGAACGGCAAGCCCAAAAACGCAUGGGACGUCUAUGUCUCCACCGAAACUUCAACUGACUCUUACGCUCUGCUGCUCCUCAUCGCAAACGACAACUACAAAAUGGGCCACUUCUACUACGCAGUCAAGGGAUUCGAAGCCCUCGAGAAGAUCGAUACCGAAAACGAGUAUGAAGAACCACUCAGGGGAAGCGUCCUGGGAGUUUUCCAGAUGGUCAUCGCCGGCAAAGAGUCAGUUGAGCACCUGAUCGAAGCUGCAGCCAUCCUCAAGUCUUGCGAAUCGUCAGCACAGGUAACUUCCGUUAUAUUUAGAACGAGCGUGUGA